UCUCACUCAGCACGAAGAACUGAUGUUCUCUCGAUAUUGAGUGGGAACAGUAUCAAUCGAUGUUAUCUCGAUUGGUACCGCCUGGUUAAGAUGACUUCAGGUUCGGAAAGAGUUCCAGUAUUUCUCCUCAAAACGAAAUCAACACCUACAGAUGGAUACGAGGAUAUUUUCACUACCCCGCGACACAAUUUCAACUUCGAACCCACCUUCGUUCCCGUGCUACAGCAUAGAUUCGAAGAUGAUGGGAUGCAACAAUGUGAGAAAUUACUACGAGACAAGCGGAUUAAUAAAAACUUGGAUGGCGCUUAUGGUGGCCUCAUCUUCACAUCACAGAGGGCCGUAGAGGCAUUCGCCAAGUUAGUCGAUGAAUACAAAGGCGAUGAAAGUUGGCCUCACCUCCAAGAUAUACCUAUCUAUAGCGUCGGCCCUGCUACGACUCGAGCACUUAAAGCCAUUCCGCAGACCCCGCCACUCCAGAUAUUUGGAGAGCACACCGGAAACGGCGAUGCGCUUGCGCAAUUCAUUCUCGAACACUAUGGCGAAUGGUAUAAAGACCGGUCGACCAAACCUUCACUACUCUUCUUAGUUGGUGAGCAGAGACGAGACAUCAUACCAAACACACUGAUGGACGAGAACCUACCGAAUAAUCAGCGAAUCCCAGUAACAGAGAUCGUGGUGUACGGUACGGGUGUCAUGGAAUCUUUCUCUAAAGACUUCGACGACGUGCUACAGAAGACAAUAACCCGCCAAUCGAGAUGGGUAGUAGUCUUCUCGCCAACAGGCUGCGAUAGCCUACUCAAGGGAUUAGGCAUGUUGAACGACGAGACCGGCAAAGUUGCCAAGAGAGCCCAAGGAGAACCGGCGACGUAUAUUGCUACGAUUGGACCUACAACGCGGAACUAUCUCAAACGGACGUUCGACUACGAACCAGAUGUGUGUUCCGGAAAGCCGAGCCCCGAAGGAGUGUGGCAAGGUAUAACCGACUUUAUAAAAGGUUUAACAUAGUCGAUUCAGCGUUCGUCUUAUAAUAUAUUUUCAGAUGUAUUUUACAUAUAGGCAUUGGCCUUGUAGUUUAUAUACGAUGUAUAAAGAUGAAUGUGUAGGAAUUGCAUGGGAUAUCCUUGACCUUGACUUUCGAGUUGUACCUAUCUACAUCCUGUGUAUCCUCAAAAUGUCCGGGAACACCCGU